CCGCGCAUGCGCAGUAUAAUUAAAUCGCGCAGAGGCAGAAGCUAGCAUAGCGUUUAGCGUUAAAGCUAAGUUUACUCUGAAUUGGUUGAAGCUUUCGUGACCUUUUUAUUCAUUUUUUUCCACGCACAAAACGCAAAUUUCACUCAGCAAUGAAUAAGUCAAGUUUCAAAUCAAGCGAUAAUGCAGAAGGACCCGAUAAAGUUGACAUGUCGCUUGAUGACAUUAUCCGGUUAAAUAAGAAGCAGAAGCAGAUCCAGGGCCAGAAGGCGGCACUGAGGAACCAGAGGCUCGGCGUUACAGGACGAUUAGCACCGGGGAGACGAGCAGGAGCGCCACUGAACCGGGGAGGAGGGGUGAAUAAGCUGUUCAGGCGGCGUGGACAGGGCGUCAUCACCGGCCUGGCAGCGAGGAAGGCGGCCCUGCUGAAAGGCGUCAGUCCGUUAAACCGACCCGCUCUGAACAGAGCCAAUCUGAACAAACACAGCACUAACCGAGCUCCUGCGAAACGCUCCACUCUCUUUCAGAGAACACGGCCGUUUGUUUCACAGCGCAGACACACACUCACACACAUGCAGACGCAGAGAAGGCCGUACACGCAAGCGGACGCUCGGAAAGCUCCGGGACGCGUCUCUAACAGACCCUUCAGGCUGCGCAGGAAAUGGAAUGCUCCUCCAGUGAACGAACCGCAGAGGGAGGCCCGCCAGGCUACAUUCCUCUCCAGAAGAGGCCUAAAGGUGGUCUUGUGUGUUAGUAUCACAUCGGGUCCAAGGCCUCAUUUCCAGCAGGUUCGUGCUAACGUGCAGAAGACAACACCGAUGCAAGCAGCUCAGAGAACACAGAGAACCCGACCGUGGCGCACUCCUCUGAACAACAGUGGCAUUCUCACCGUGUCUAUAGAUAACCCCGGAGCCAGAACUCAGCCCGAACCCGCCCACUCGUGGUCGCUCCACCCACCCAUGGUGACUCCACCUCCUCAGAACACAGCACCAGAGCCUGAGAGGAAAAAGCCCAAAGGGGUGGCGCUGCAGUUCGACAUCAACAGCGUGGGAAAACAGCAGACGGCCAUGACGCUUAACGAGCGCUUCCGCAUCCUGAAGAUGAAGCGCAUGGCGGCAACGCAGCAGAACGCCAGAGGCGGACGCUUUGUCACCGUGGGCUAGCACCUGACACGGAGAGCCAAUCACACAAGCCCGCCGAGGUCACAUGACUCCCUUGGCACCUUUGCGGCAGCACGCUGACGGACGGCUUUUCUCCUCAGCUGCUCUGAUGCUCUUUGAACAGACUUUCCUGCUCCGAAGAGACUUCUUUUUCCCCAAGGUCGGGAUACGGAUUUGACAGGAAUUCUUUCCAUAAUUUCCAUAAGUUCCGCAUUUGCCAAUUUUUCAGUGACAGUUCCUUUUUUUUUCCAAAGCCGGAGUUCCUGUGUUUUGCUUAUUUGUCUAAUAUUAAGCUGAUCUUUUUACGUUAAGCAAAUUUUUUUAAAAAUGUUUUACGACCUGCCAGGAGAUUGGUUAGUGCGUAUUGAGUUUUUUGUUGAACAGCUGGGUGUUUUAAACUUUUUUUUUUUCUAAAUAAUAUUUCAAAAAAUAAACACGUUCUUGUGAUAAA